CGGCCAACAGCAACAACAACAGCCACAGCCUAGCCGGUGCGAGCUCCAUUUUCACGGCCUCCGGCAGCAGCAAUUCCGGCGCUCCCCCGCACACCUCCAGCAGCAGCACAUCGAGCAGCGUCAUGGCGGCAGCGGCAGCAGCCCAUUUGCAUCACAACUCCCAGGCAUCGCCCAUCAGCAAUCUGCAUCAGAAUAUGGGCAGCCUAAUGAACAGUGGCAGCAGUGCCAGCGACGUCUUCUUUAGUCUAAUGAUUCAGAAUACAACGAAGCGCCAAAAUGAGGAGCACAUAAAACGUCCAAUGAACGCGUUCAUGGUGUGGUCACGUCUUCAGCGACGCAAGAUCGCCCGGGAUAAUCCAAAAAUGCACAAUUCGGAGAUAUCGAAGAGGCUGGGUGCCGAAUGGAAACUAUUGACGGAGGAGGAGAAACGUCCUUUUAUCGAUGAGGCCAAGCGCCUGCGCGCCAUGCACAUGAAGGAGCAUCCCGAUUAUAAAUAUCGACCGCGCAGAAAACCAAAAGCACUACGUCGCGAUGGUUAUCCAUAUCCCAUGCCAUAUCCGUCGGUGCCCGUGGAGGCAUUGCGUGCAGGCAUAACGCCCGGUUACUUUGCGCCCGGACCCACAGCGGCUGCCUAUCAUCUGGGCAGCCAUCUCACACAGACAACGACGCCGACAACGCAGUCCUCACUAACUGGACAGAUGGACAAAUUUGCAUUGGAGCGCAGCUCUUAUCUGAGCAAUGCGGCAGCGGCAGGUACUCAGGCGAGUGCUGCUUACAGCGCCUACUUGGAUCCCAGUGUGCUAACCAAGGCGUAUUUUGAUUCGAAAAUGUACCAGGAUCGAGCCGCGAACUAUGCCUUCGACAUAUCCAAGAUCUAUGGGGCCCAGCAGCAUGUGGCGGCGCAUCAGCAGCAGCAACAGCACCUGCUCAAUGGCUUGGGCAUGGCCAGUGUGGCGAGCAGCAGCAGCGGUGGCAGCAACAACAACAGCACCGCCACCCAUGCCAGCAGCAGCCACAACAACAACAGCAGCAGUGGCCUGGAUGAGCGCGAUGCCACGCCACAAUUGGACAGCGUUGAGGCAAAGCCGCAUCUACACUCGCCGAGCGAUGCGCAGCUGGAAUAUGCUCAGUAUGCCCAACAAUAUGGCGGUCAGUUGGUGGGUGCCGCAGCAGCCGGUGGUGCUGCAAUUGGCAGUGCGGCUGGUGGUGGCGGUGGUGGUGGGGCUGGUGGUGCUGCCGGCGGCGCUGACUUCAGGCGACCGCUGACAGUCAUCUUCUGACCACCAUCCAAUGAGAGCGAGGAGUUGAACUUAUCUAUGACGCAUUAGCAUCCAAAACACGGCCUAGUUUAAAUCAAUAGAACUUAGCACAAAACGCGAGAUUAAUGUUAAUUGUAGCCAACGUACAGUUAAGUCGAUAACAAACGAUAACAAUAUAAUUACAGUUGUAAACUAAUUCGUAAGCUUUGUUAAAAGAACAGCUGGAAUGGAGCAGCUGCAGGCGACGAAGAAUAUGUGGAGCGGAACGGAGCGAAGUGGGUGGAAUGGAAUGGAAUGAAACAGAAAGAGGAGCUUUGGAAGUAAAAGACAACGAGUGGUGCAAUUUUGUAUGUUUUAAGCUGCUGCUACUUAGAUGGGGUGUUAAAGAAAUCACAUGAAGAUCUGAUCGAAGGGCGGCGAAGUGCAUAGCAUAAAUUUAAUGUAUUUAAUUCUACACACAAAGACAUCCAAACACACACACACACAC